AUGUGCCCAAAAGAUACAUGGUCAAUUAUUCCAUAUAAUAUUAAUUUUAUAUGUGUUGUGCUUCCUCUCGUACUUAAAAGUGGUACUUCGAUUACAUGUGAUACAAUAGAUGAUCAAAAUUUAAGAAUUCAGGAUUCUCUUAAAGUAGCUAAAGGUUGUUAA